ACGCUCACUCACUCAUUCACUAUUCUUUAUCUUUUGACUUAAAAAAAAAAAAAAAAAAAAAUCAAUCUCGUUGAUUUUCGUCGAACCUGGUGAAAUCUGUUGUUGUUCGAGCAAAAUCGGGAUGGCAUACAACGGUUAUCCAAAGAGUGGCCUUAGAUUCUACGAAGGUGUAUAUGAGAUGGUGGAUGAUCCUUCAUCGGAUUCAAUCAUCUCAUGGAGCAAAAGCAACAAGAGUUUCGUUAUUCGGAACCAGCAAGAGCUCAUUCGCAGAAAGAUGCUCUCCAGAUUCUUUUGCAGAAACCUUACCGAGUUUAUCUCAAAGCUUAAGUUUUCUGGCUUUAAACAAAUGAAUAGGUCUUCUGGGCUAUGGGAAUUUGGUGAUAAGAAUUUUGUGAGAGGUCGUCCUGAGCUUAUGGUGGAGAUGCAUAAAAGAGUUUCCAUGGCUAGGAUUACGGAAAGGUGUAGUAACCAAAUGAAAGCUAAGGCCCAACUCGAGGAGGGCUUCCAAAAUUUAAGCAUUUGAUCUGAUACAUCCAUGAUCCAUCAACCCAUCAUCAUCAUCCUUUGCUUUCCUUAGCUUGCUCUCACGAGUCACGAGGGCUUUGUUGUUUCAGUUUGCUUGCCAAGAAUUUCAGUGGCUUUGUAACCGAGAUGAUAUGAAAAAAUUUGGGGGCUUUUCAGAAACUAUCUAUGUUUUGUAACAGCUAAUGUUAAUGUUAUGUUUGCUCUUAAAAAAAAAAAAAA